UUUGCAUCGGCAUUCACUUAUUUUACAACUCAUGAAAAAGCCAUUUGAUAUUUUAAAAUAAGGAAUAAUGUAUAAAGAAUUAUUGUUAUUUCUUUCAGUUUCUAUCUGAUAUCAUUAUCCCAGUUUCUCUAGGCAUUUCCUAAUUUUAAGUCUUCGUGUCCAGUUUGACUAUUGCAAACUGUCCUAAAUAAGAUAAUCGCCACAUCACUCACAUACAAAAGAGACUUCCAUCUCAGCUAUAAUCAAGAGAUGCAUCUCGGUCAUAAUUAAGUAUAGAAUAUUAAUUCUUACCUUUUUCUUUUAAUUAAUUACCAUACAAGAUGGGGUCCUCAUAUAUGCGCAAUAUAAAGAGGAUAGUCCACUCAAUUUUCAUUAUCUCUACUACCCUCUCACUCGCAUCCGCAUCUGCAUCGUCACCAUCUACCCCAUCAAAAUCUCCGUCGGCGGAAACUGAACUUAUAUGCCAUACUGACAACCCCGCCGACUGUUACCCCAAAUUAUUUUCAGCUACUGAUGAAUUCCAACAAGUCCACGAUGACCAAGACCUACCACCAGGUCUACACGUGCAAUUGGAUGUUCAGACGGGACAAAAACAAGCCAAGCUCUACAACCCUAAAGAAGAGAAUCCGGCUCUCGAGGGCUUACCGGUAGACAAGUCCGUUGUCAUAGUAGACCCCGAAUCAUCUCAAGACGACGAUGCGCCCCGGAUACCCCACGGCGCACCGGCCUAUGAACCUGUCGGCAUCGUCAAAGCGCCUAAGGAAAAAAACGAGGGUUUUCUACAGUCUCUAGAAACGGUGAAGAAGUACUCCGACGUCAAAAAACCCUUAGUUCAAUCCCAAUCUAAUGAGCUUGACAAGGCUUUAGAGGACCUGGAGGACUUAUCUCAUGACAUGUACUACGGCCUACAAAUUGCCUCAGACAUAGACACCCUACACGCCCUCCUCUGCCUCCUCACGCGCCGUGAUGCCGAGCAAGUAGAGAAGCGGCCGUUAACAGAACGUCCCGGUUUUCUCGCAUCUGGUAUCUUGGCUUCGUCAAUCCGGAAUAACAAACCCGCGCUCCAAGCGGUUGAAGCAUCCUGGGAUGCUCUCGGCUCAAAGAAGUGCAUUUCUAACACCAAUUCAUUAAUCUCGGAGUUAUACGCCCAGCUCGACCCCACAUCAAAAGUAGAUACUCCGGAAGAAGUCUCGGAAGCGUAUUUCACGCGCCUUACACUGCCUGUUCUUGACGGCUUGCUCAAAAGCGAGAAGAUCCGGACGCAAUUCCUGGAACCGGAGGUCGAUGGUAUGCGGAGUUUGUUACGUAUCCUACUUCGCGAAAACGAGGUUUGGGAAUCCCGGCGCGUGAAGGUGGCGCGGAUCGUGUCGGAUGCGUUUUUGGAUGAGGAAGUUGGUGCCACCUUGGGCGUGUGGCCUACAGCGGCCCGUACAGAAGCGUGCGCGGGAGGAAACGGGGAGGAAGCGAAUUUGGCGGAAAGCUGUUGGGAGUUUCAUUUAGAAACCAUUGGACAGAAGGAUGCAAGGGCGGCGGAGUGGAGCCAGCCGUUGUUGGAUAUGAUGAAGUUAAGACGGCCAGGUACGGCGGGGUCUGAGGAGAAAGCGAAGGACAUACCUAAACGGGAUGAAUUGUGAUGUUAAACGGAGCCUAAAGCCGAUGAUUUAAGGUUAAGUCACAGGUGCAUUGAAAGGCGUUAUGGUUGAUUGCAUUUUAUGCGUUUUACUUUAUUAUAUUACCCUGAUAAAUAUCCCGUCUACGACUUCAUAUUUCGAAGUCGUAGAGCACUACAUAAAGGGGAUGGAUACAAAUAUAUAGUCACAUCUCAAUGACCAGUGAU